AUGUUGUACUCCAAAUUCUGGCCCAAGGGUGGUAUCCCGGGCAUGCUCCACCACUACACUGAAUCCCUCGUCACCUUCGAAUACACAACCGGCAAGGUCGCUCAACCUCACAGUCUCCUCUUCGUCGGUGGUUUGGGUGAUGGGAUCGGUACCACGUCCUACGUCGCCGACAUGGCGAAAAUGAUGGAGAAGAGCGAUUGGUCCAUUUUCAUGCUCAACCUCACCUCCUCCUACAACUCCUGGGGUCUGGGCCACCUGGACCGCGACACGAACGAGAUUACCAAGUGCCUCAACUACAUCCGCGACUACAAGACGGAGAAGUACGGCAGCCCCGGCAAGAUCGUGCUGAUGGGCCACUCGACGGGCAGCCAGUGCGUGCUGCACUACCUCUACCGGCCGAACCCCUUCACGGUCGCCCACCCGUUCGACAGCGAGCUGGAGCACCUGCAGCGCAUGGCCCUCGACGGCGCCAUCAUGCAGGCGCCCGUCUCCGACCGCGAGGCCAUCCAGUGGGUGCUCCACUGGGGGUUCAACGGCAAGACGCCGGAGCAGGUGCGGGCGGUGUACGACAAGGCCGAGGCGCUGGCGCGCGAGGCGGUGCGCGACAAGGACCCCAAGUUCGACACCGUCCUGCCCCUGGACGUCACCGCCAACAUCUGCUACGGCGCCAACGUCCCCAUCAGCGCCCGCCGCUUCCUGAGCCUCGUGAGCCCCGACAGCCCCGCCACGCCCCAGGAGGACGACUUGUUCAGCUCCGAUCUGAGCGACGAGCACCUGCAGACCACCUUCGGCAAGAUCCGCGACUCGGGCCUGCUCCGCAGUCGCCUGAUGGUCAUGUUCUCCGGCGCCGACCAGGCGGUGCCGGACUGGAUCGACAAGGAGAAGCUGAUGGCCCGGUGGAGGAACGCGGCGAACCACAACGGCGAGGCCGAGAUCUGGGAUGACCAGCACAGCUUCAUCAUCCCCAAUGCCUCGCACGCGCUGAGCAAUGACGACCAGGCGGAGCCGAGAAGGCUGUUGGCCGAGAAGGUCAUCAGCUAUCUGAAUGCAGUCAAGGGAAACUGA